UGGUUGGCCACUUAUCUAAAAACUGUUUGGUGGCGAUAAAGAAUGAAGCAUGAGUGCGUAUAGCAUGUAGAGUUAUGGCAUGGCGAUUCCACCUGUACGAAAAAGACUGAAUUAGUCAUUGGCCUGCUUCGAGUAACGACGAAAGCUCAGUAACAAAAAUAAUUAAACAUAUAACGCCUAAUUGUCUUCAUACAUACCUUUAUACUGUAUUAAAAGUCAAUAAUUUUAUGCGUUAACGUACUUAUCGAAUAUAGCUCAUAAUUUAACUUCUAAGGAUAAUUUAAAAUGCGAAUACUAUAUUUAAAUUGAAAUCAAAAGUGCAACAAAACAGUGUAAAUGAAAAAAUUAGAAAAAGAAUAUAUACUACAUGCUUUGUUAUAUUUCCGACCAAUUAUAGAUGUAUUCAAAAUGACGGCAGGCACACGUAGUUCAGACUUAUCGCAAAUAGCCGUCAGUUCCAAUAAUAUACCAAAUGAUAGUGUUGAUUGUGGCAUAAAAUUAUUUGGCUGCUGUAAUGGCCCACAAUGCCUCAAAAUGGCACGAUUGCGUACCUUUGUUUUGGCGCUGACCUUCGCUGGUUUAGUUCAAGGAAUUUGCGAAACUUACUUUCGCAUAUCGGCAAAGGAAGCGGCGCUGGAGAAUGGAUAUAAUCCUAUAAUUGUAGAAUGGCUCAUUGUCAGCAGCGGCAUAUUCCAAGCCUUAUUCGCGUUGGUUUUCGCACACUGGGCUCUUAAAAUGCAUCCAAUAAAAUGGCUAUCAGUAACCAUUAUCGCACAAUCAAUUAUUUGUGUCAUUGCGGCGAUACCAGCUAUAAUAGGGUUUUCGAAUGGCGUUUCAACACCCACCAGUAAGGCGGACGCAAAUGUAUGCACCACUACAACAUUUCAGAGCUUAACACUUACUGCCCAACAAACCCAGCUUAGUACACUUAUAUUGCUCUUCGUUCUACAAUUCGCACUGGGAUUCGGCAGUCUGGCUUUCUAUACAAUCGGUGUCUCAUAUUUAGAUGAUAAUUCACAAUCGAUUGAUAGUCCAGCCGUGAUUGCGACAGCUUUGGCGGGACGAAUUUUCGGCUUACAAGUUGGUUCGUUUAUUGUGAUCGGUGUUGGUGUAGCAAAGCUUGGCUGGUGGUUGGGUUGGAUAAUUAUUGCACCAUUAGUACUAAUAAGUGGCAUACUGCUGAGUCUUUUUCCAAAACGACUGCCCAAAACGGUCAUACAUCAGGCGGCCCAACGAAUUAUUGAGGAGACCCAUACGCGCACGUUUGGCAGUCAAUUCUCCACUUACAUUGAUGAUGUGGGCUUCGGACCUUCACUGAAACGCUUAUUCACCAACAAAUUGUUGAUGUGCAAUCUAUUGGGCAUAGUGUUCAUUUGGUCGGCAUAUGUAAACUUUGAAUUGCAAGAGGAAUCAUAUUUACAGUCGCGGUUCUUCUUGCCCUACAGCGAGCAGGAUGGGCUGUUGCAAGAAUGGGAGGCGCGUUUUGUAGCAUAUUUCUUGCGACCACCCGUCGCAGCGAUGGGCACUUUGGUGUUGGGACUAAUUAUUGCGAAGCUUAAGCUUACAGGCAGGACUAUAACUGCAGUUAAUAUUGCCUUGGGUGUACAUUUAUUAGCCAUCUUCAUUGGAAAUAUUUUCAUCAAAUGUGAUGUUGGUGCAAUCGCUGGUGUUACAAAUGGCAAAGUAUUGCAGCCUUUUUGUUCCAGGCAAUGUACCGGCGUUUGUCAGGCAACUACUUUCCAACCUAUUUGUCCUGAAAACUCUACGGUCACAUACUUUUCGGCCUGUUACGCUGGAUGUUCGCGUACCACGACGAUAAAUAAUUUACAGAUUUAUGAAGGCUGUACCUGCUCCUCGAACUCCAAUGCGGAGCCGCAGGGCAAUCUGCGUGCCACCGAAGGUGCUUGCAGUUUUGCGAAUUGUCAACGCAUGUUGAUCGGUUUUCAGGUACUAAGUUUGUCUGCUGCCGCAGUUGUGGGUGCCAGCGCUAUAGGAAAGGUAAUAAUAACACUACGAAGCGUAUUGCCACAGGACAAGGCACUUGCAUUGGCAACACAGCUUACUUUAUUCGGCAUAUUUGCCUACAUACCAACGCACAUCGCAUAUGAGAUGGUUACAAGAUAUACUUGUCUCUACUGGACAUCGGAGUAUAAUCGUUGUCUAUUGCGUGAGACGCCAAAACAUGGCAACAUUUUAAAUAUACUAUCAGCAGUACUAAUUUUAAUUGGCAUUAUUUUUGACAUACUUGUAUACAUUUUCGUAAAAGAUCUUAAUGUAUAUAAUUGUAAAGCAAUCGACCCGAAUUACUCACCUUCACUAUACUCACCCAUACCACACGAGGAUCCUCAGGCUACUGGCGUACAGCAAGCCGUUGGCGGAAGUCCCGCAACUACAUUAACAACAGAUUCGCCAAUGCGACGCCUUGACUCACAACCCACACGCCCUGCACCCAAAUCGGAAAUCACCGUCUUCCGCAAUCCCAGUUCGCUGACAAAUUCUUCAGCUGGUGAAAAUAGCGUACAAGAGACUAACAACAAUAACACAGUCGUUACUUAUGCACAAGUCGUUUUCCCACCAGACAAACAUAAACCCGAUGAUGGCAGUCCCAAACGGAUGGCUGUAAGAGCUGAUGUGCCACUUCAUCAUUUGUCGGCACAAGAUGUUCGUGCACAACUUGGUAAUUUGAAAUCAUUUAAUAUUGAAAGUGCCGUGGAUGAUGAUGGUGGAAAGCAGGAAGAGCAUGAAGAGCAGGUAGCAGAAGAGAAGACACCGUUAACUUUAAAUAUUACUGCGGCAAAUGAGGAUCCUGCAAAGAAGCCGGUGACACCAACUGCGGGCGUUAAAGUUCUCCCACCAAUACCGCCAAAACCAAUGAAACUGGCAACAACGCCAGCAACGACGGCAAUAGAAACAAAUUUGGAUAAAAUUGAAGAAGUGCCAUCAAGACCUUUAAGUCGAGAGACAGAUCUUUAGAUCAACUUAUAUACUUCCCGAAAUACAAACUUACAAUUCAUAAAUUACAUACAUACAUAGCACUUCCUGAAGUCGAAAAUAUUCGCGUAAUACACUUUUGAAAGUUUAGUUUUAAGUUUCUAAUCAUUUUUUGUAAGCAAAGCAAAAAACAAAUACAAUAUUUUCAU